AUGUUAUCUGAAGUGAACAUCCAAUCAGGUCAAGGAUUUGUUCCACCAUCAAUGUUCGUUCGCAUGGUCAGAAGAAUGAAAACAAUCUACUCUCCCUGUCAACUAUCUAUCUAUCUAUCUAUCUAUCUAUCUAUCUACAAUGCAAUGAGAACGAAAGGUCGUUUGGGCAGACGUAAGCCCUCGUUUCAAGUCUGCCUUCAUAAAGCUCACCAACUGCGACCGCCCGUCGAUGUCAGAACCCUAAUCCUGUUAUCUAUCUAUUUAUCUAUCUAUAUCAUAUCUCUCUUUCUAUCUAUAUCUAAUUCUGUUAUAUAUCUCUAUCUAUCUCAGUCCGGUCAUAUCUAUCUAUCUAUCUAUCUAUAUCUAAUUUUGUUAUAUAUCUCUAUCUAUCUCAGUCCGGUCAUAUCUAUCUAUCUAUCUAUCUAUAUAUAUAUAUCUAAUUUUGUUAUAUAUCUCUAUCUAUCUCAGUCCGUCCGGUCAUAUCUAUUCUAUCUAUCUAUCUAUAUAUAUAUAUCUAAUUUUGUUAUAUAUCUCUAUCUAUCUCAGUCCGGUCAUAUCUAUCUAUCUAUCUUCCGGUCAUAUCUAUCUAUCUAUCUAUCUAUAUAUAUAUAUCUAAUUUUGUUAUAUAUCUCUAUCUAUCUCAGUCCGGUCAUAUCUAUCUAUCUAUCUAUCUAUAUAUAUAUAUCUAAUUUUGUUAUAUAUCUCUAUCUAUCUCAGUCCGGUCAUAUCUAUCUAUCUAUCUAUCUAUCUAUCUAUAUCUAA